CAGGGACCCCCUGGACGAGGCUGAGAGCGCGGGUGCGGGUGGUGCCGGCGGCGGUGCGGGCGGUGUGGUGGAGCCGCUGCGGGUGCUGGGGGACGCGGGGCUGGUGCUGCGGGACCCCUCCGCGCUGCACCUGCUGGCGGCGCAGGUGCUGGCGCUGCUGCAGUCCGAGGUGGUUGCCGCCGAGCGGCUGCCCCGCGACGUGCCCGACCUGGCGCUGCUGCUGCGGCUGAUGCAGCUGGCGGUGGAGUGCCGCAGCAUGAUGCGGGACAGGGACUACAGGUACCCCGAGCCCGACCGCACCGUGCUGCACGACCUGCUGCCGCUGCUGGCCUCGCUGCUGGUGGAGCACCACACGGCGGCAGUGGCGGCGGGCAUGGAGGCAACUGCGGCGGCGGCAGCGGCGGCGGGAGGAGGGGGACAUGGAGCAGCCACCGGG